UCUUAUUUUGCAAUAUUAUAUGGCAUUACUUAUUAAGUUACCAUGAUUUUAGGUUUUUCUUUGUGAAAGUCUAUAUAUAUAUGCGUAUGCAUGGUAUUUCCUUGGUUGGAUGAAAAGAUAUGGAUCUCUUGAAUUGUAUAAUAUGUCUUUCUUUUGCUUGGAUCACCAUCCAAUCCUUGUAUUUCCUUGCCAGAAGAAGCAAAGCAAUUCCAAGACCUAGGCUUCCACCAGGACCAAAGCCAUUUCCAUUGAUUGGGAAUCUGUUUGAGAUCGGUGACAAACCCCAUCUCUCCCUCACUAAGCCUUCCCAGCGCUAUGGCCCCAUAAUGAGUUUGCAGCUAGGCCAAUUAACCACAAUCGUAGUUUCUUCAACGACUUUGGCCAAAGAAAUCCUCCGAACCCAUGACCAAGUGUUCUGCAACCGAACCCUCCCAGAUGCAGUCCACGCCUGCAAACACAGCGAGUACAGCAUGGCUUGGCUUCCCGUAUCAACAAGAUGGAGAAAUCUUCGCACAAUAUGCAACUUGCAAUUGUUUGCCCCCAAAGUUCUUGAUGCUAACCAAGCCAAACGGCGGGUAAAGGUGCAAAAGCUCAUAGAUGAUGUCAAUGAAAGCAUGAGGGCCGGUGAGGCAGUGGAUAUCGGAAGGGCUGCUUUCUCAACCACACUCAAUCUGUUGUCACAGACUAUCUUCUCUGUGGAUUUAGCUGACCCGAGUAGCGAGACAGCUAGGGAGUUCAAGGAGACUGUUUGGGGUAUGAUGGAAGAGAUAGGAAAACCAAACUUGGCGGAUUAUUUUCCUUUUCUUAGGAAGCUUGAUCCGCAAGGCAUAAGGCGGCGCUUGACCCGUUACUUCCAAAUUACAGUAGACAUGUUUGAUCGAAUGAUCCAUCAAAGGUUGGAAUCAAGAAAACGGGAUGGUUAUAUCUCAACCAAUGAUAUGUUGGAUACACUUCUGAAUAUCAAUGAAGAGAAAAUGGAGGAUAUGGACAUGCCUGAAACUCAACAUUUAUUUCUGGAUCUAUUUGCUGCUGGUACGGACACAAGUUCAGCCACAAUGGAAUGGGCAAUGGCUGAGCUACUACGCAACCCAGAAAUCCUUUCGAAAGUUCAAGCAGAACUUGAGCAAGUGAUUGGAAAAGGGAAACUAGUUGAGGAAUCAGACAUUGCACGACUCCCUUACUUACAAGCAAUAAUCAAAGAAACAUUUCGGGUUCAUCCAACAGUUCCAUUUCUACUCCCCCGGAAAGCAGAAGCAAACAUAGAGAUUGGCGGGUAUAUAAUCCCAAAGGGUGCACGAGUUCUAAUCAAUUUUUGGGCCAUAGGCAGAGACCCCAUCACUUGGGACAACCCAAACUUGUUUAUGCCUGAGAGGUUCCUGGGAUUAGACAACCAAAUUGAUGUUACGGGGAAAAACUUUGAGCUUAUUCCAUUUGGUGGUGGGAGGAGAAUUUGUCCUGGACUUCCAUUGGCAAUAAGAAUGUUGCACUUGAUGUUGGGUUCAUUAAUUAACUGUUUUGAUUGGGAGCUUGAAGAUGGAGUUGUACCCGAGACUAUGAACAUGGAAGAUAAGUUUGGCCUCACCUUACAAAUGGCUCAGCCUCUGAGAGCUGUGCCCAAGAAGUUAUAGCUAGCUAGGAGGAGGAUUACCUAUACCUAUACCUGUAUGUAUAUUCAGCUUGGUUUUGUUCGUAUUUUCUUUUGGGAAUUGGAACCUUUUUCUUGGCUCCUCGUACUCCAUCGAUCUCUUCUUUUAAUUUUCCCUUCUAUGUA